AUGGGCCUCUUAUCAUUGGGCACUCCGCUUGAUUGGCACAAGUCCAAAAAAUUCAACGAGCACGUCCGUGACAAUGGGAUAGAGCAAUUGAUCAACAUAUUCAAACAACAUGCCAAUAGGACAAAUGACACUUACUUUUGGGGUGAUGAAGUGGAAUACAUGCUUGUCGACGUCAAUGAUACUAAACGUACAGCCAAGUUAUCUAUCGAAAAUGAUCAUAUCUUAGAGGACUUCAAUGAUCCUGUGAACCACGCUGAGCUCUACAAGAAAGUGGUUGCGCAAAACAUUUCGUUCCACCCAGAAUACGGUAGAUUCAUGAUUGAGGCUACUCCUUUGAGACCUUACGAUGGUGAUUUAUUGGACGACUACAUCUACGUAGAGGAGAACAUGGUCAAGAGGAGAGUUGUGGCGCAACUGCAGCUCCCCUCCAAUGUUUUACCCUUGACUUUAACUGCAUUCCCAAGAAUGGGGUGCGAAAACUUCACUUCUCCACAGGCCAAACCAAUAGGUCCAGCUUCACAGUCGUUGUUCCUCCCAGAUGAAAUUAUCAAUAGACAUGUUAGAUUCCCUACGUUGACUGCCAACAUUAGAAAGAGAAGAGGCUGUAAAGUUGCUAUUAAUUUACCCUUGUACCCAGAUGAAAACACCAAGUUGGUGGAUGACUCUAUUCCCAAAAACAGAGAUUUGUUCCCUAGUGACAAGGAACCGUGGUUGGGAGCUUCCAAACCUGGCCAUGUGUAUAUGGAUUCUAUGGGUUUUGGUAUGGGUGCUUCGUGUUUGCAAGUUACAAUGCAAGCCAGCGAUAUCCAGCAUGCUAGAUACUUGUAUGAUGCUUUAGCUCCCUUGACUCCAGUAUUGCUUGCGCUAAGCGCAGCAACUCCCAUCUUCAAGGGAUUCUUAGUCGAUCAAGACGUUAGAUGGAAUGUUAUUCUGGGAGCCGUCGACGAUAGAACAUUUAUUGAGAGAGAUUUGGAGCCACUCAGCGGAGGAAUAGUUGAUAUAUUUGGAGGCUUAGACGUAAGCGAAAACGAUAGGUUCCAUGUAGAAGCACUUGGCGGUGGUAUUGGCAUUAAUGGUGAUCACAUUAUAAAUAAAUUUGGUGACACUUCUAUCAAGACCAAAGAUGGGAAGCCAAUUCAAAAGAUCCCCAAAUCAAGAUAUGCCCCCAUUGAUAAUUACUUGGGAGGUAGUGAGUACUACAAACUGGAAUACAAUGACAUUUAUUCACCAAUUAAUGAAAAGGUUUAUAACAAAUUGACCAGCGCAGAUAUUGCUAAAUAUGGGUUUGACGACGAGUUGGCAACGCAUUUUUCACAUUUAUUUAUUAGAGAUCCGUUAGUGAUAUUCUCAGAGAGAAUCAACCAAAAUAACCUUCUUGAAAACGACCACUUCGAAAACAUUCAGCUGACAAACUGGCAAACUUUAAGGUUUAAGCCUCCAGGUUUAUAUCCCGAGGAAAAAUCGCUUGAGAAAACCCCUGGGUGGAGAGUUGAAUUCAGACCGUUGGAUAUUCAAUUGACAGAUUUCGAAAAUGCUGCAUUUUCUGUUUUCAUUUCACUUUUAUCUAAGGCCAUUUUAAAAUUCAAACCAAAUUUUUACCAGCCGAUACUGAAGAUUGAUGAAAAUAUGAAUAUAGCUCAUGAAGUUGAUGCUACUAUCAAGUCUAAGUUUUGGUUUAGAAAUCCAAAGUGUUGGUGCCUCGAAAAUGAAGAAUUUAUUGGGUAUGACUUAUCAUGGUUUGACAGGUUCAUCAAUGAGGGUAAUGAUGAACUAGGUGUAGAUGAAGUUUAUGUUAACGGCUACUCUAGCCACAAGAACGGUGUGUGCGACUGUAGCAACUCCAAAGAAGAGUUGAGGAAAUUGACUACUGAUGAAAUCAUCAAUGGUAGUGAUACUUUCCCUGGGCUAAUUAAGUUGGUAGUUAAACUUAUUUCCUUGGAAUUAUUACCUGAAUCCGCAAAGCAUCAUUGUGAUCUGAAUGAAUUGGCACUGAAGAUGCUUAAAUUACAGAGCUAUUUGAAGUUGAUCAGUUAUAGGGCUUCUGGAAAGAUACCAACUAUAGCCAAAUGGCUCAGAGAGCAAGUCGUUACUAGUAACUUAUAUAAGAAGGAUUCCAAGAUCAGCGAUGAGUUGAAUUAUGAAAUCAUCAAAAAGUCUAUCGACAUCACCAAUUACGAUGACAAAAGUGGAUUGUUGGAGAGUUAUUUCGGCAAAGAGCUUAAGAGCUACUUAACUUCAAACAACUAA